GUGCCCCGGCGGGGCGCGUCCUCCGGGCCGCCUCCCGCUCUCCCGCGGCUCGCGUGGCCGCGCCUUUGUGUGCGGCGGCCGCGGCUCCCGGGCUCUUCGGGCUCCGGUCGCAGCGCUCCUCCGGCCCCGAGCCCCGCGCGCCGCCCCCGGGCAACCCCGGCCGGGCGCCCCCGACGGUGGAUCUAGCGGCUUCGAGGAAGCGGGCACCGGACCCGGCGAGCCCUAGCCCCGGCCCCCGGCCCCCGGCCCCGGGCCCGGCUCCGGCAUGGAUGUGAGGUUCUACCCCGCGGCGGCCGGGGACCCCGCCGGCCUGGACUUCGCGCAGUGUCUGGGCUACUACGGCUACAGCAAGUUCGGGAGUAACAAUAAUUACAUGAACAUGGCUGAGGCAAACAGUGCUUUCUUUGCAGCCAGUGAGACAUUCCAUACGCCAAGCCUUGGGGAUGAGGAGUUUGAGAUCCCCCCUAUCACGCCUCCUCCAGAGUCAGACCCCGCCCUGGGCAUGCCCGAUGUUCUUCUACCCUUUCAAGGCCUCAGUGAUCCAUUGCCUUCCCAGGGAAGUGAGUUCACGCCCCAGUUCCCCCCUCAAAGCCUGGAUCUUCCUUCCAUUACAAUCUCAAGAAAUCUCGUGGAACAAGAUGGCGUGCUUCAUAGCAGUGGGUUGCAUAUGGACCAGAGCCACACACAAGUGCCCCAGUACCGUCAGGAUCACUCCUUGAUCAUGAGGUCCAUCGUCCACAUGACUGAUGCUGCUCGCUCUGGGAUCAUGCCUCCCACUCAGCUCACCACCAUCAACCAGUCUCAGCUCAGCGCCCAGUUGGGGUUGAAUUUGGGAGGUGCCAGUAUGCCACACACGUCUCCUUCACCACCAGCGAGCAAGUCUGCGACCCCUUCCCCUUCCAGCUCCAUCAAUGAAGAGGAUGGUGAUGAAUCCAACAGAGCCAUUGGAGAGAAAAGAGCUGCUCCAGAUACUGGCAAGAAGCCCAAGACUCCAAAGAAAAAGAAAAAGAAAGACCCCAACGAGCCCCAGAAGCCAGUGUCAGCAUAUGCCCUGUUUUUCAGGGACACACAGGCUGCAAUUAAAGGGCAAAACCCCAAUGCCACUUUUGGAGAGGUCUCAAAAAUCGUGGCAUCCAUGUGGGACAGCCUUGGAGAAGAACAAAAGCAGGUGUAUAAAAGGAAAACCGAAGCUGCCAAAAAGGAGUACCUAAAGGCCUUGGCCGCAUACCGGGCCAGCCUCGUUUCUAAGGCUGCUGCUGAAUCAGCAGAAGCCCAGACCAUCCGCUCCGUUCAGCAGACCCUGGCGUCCACCAAUCUGACAUCCUCGCUCCUUCUCAACCCUCCGCUGUCGCAACACGCAACCGUGUCGGCCUCCCCUCAGACUCUCCAACAAUCGCUCCCUCGGUCAAUCGCCCCCAAACCCCUAACCAUGAGACUCCCCAUGAACCAGAUCGUGGCGUCGGUCACUAUCGCAGCCAACAUGCCAUCGAACAUUGGGGCCCCGCUGAUAAGCUCCAUGGGAGCGACCCUGGUGGGCUCAGCCUCCUCCACCCAAGUGAGCCCUUCCGUGCAAACCCAACAGCAGCAGAUGCAGCAGCAGAUGCAGCAGCAGCAGCAACAGCAGCAGCAGCAGCAGAUGCAGCAGAUGCAGCAGCAGCAACUGCAGCAGCACCAGAUGCAUCAGCAGAUCCAGCAGCAGAUGCAGCAGCAGCAUUUCCAGCACCACAUGCAGCAGCACCUGCAGCAGCAGCAGCAGCAGCAGCACCUCCAGCAGCAGAUCAGCCAGCAGCAGCUGCAGCAGCAGCUGCAGCAGCACAUGCAGCUGCAGCAGCUGCAGCACAUGCAGCACCCGUCCCAGCCCUCCCCCCGGCAGCACUCCCCCGCCGCCUCCCAGAUGACGUCGCCCCUCCCCGCCCUCGGGAGCCCCCAGCCAGCCUCCCAGCAGCACCAGUCGCAAAUACAGGCUCAGACACAGACUCAAGUACUGUCGCAGGUCAGUAUUUUCUGAAGAAGCCCGCGGCAGAGGCAGGUGCGCUCUGCGGCGGGCGCACGGAAGGAGGGUCCGCCGCGCGCCCGCGGCCGCGGCUCGUAAGUUGCUGUCGGUGACGCGGAAACGUGUAACAGAUCACAUGGUCCUCUCAAGUGUCUAUUAGAUAGGCAAUAAGAACACAGUGUAGCUGAGUAUCAUCUUCUAGCUGACUAUAAAUCACUUUGUUUUUAAACAAGAGAAGCUGUGCUCUUUUAUGUGAUGCCUUUUUUUAUUUAUUCAGGCUAUAUACCUACAAUAUGUGAAUCAAACAGUUUAACGAAUCCUGGGACAUAGUGAUGACUGUAGACUGGCCUCUCUGAGUCAUAGAAAACGGCCUUAUUUCCCCCCAGAAGUGAAUAAACCACACUUCGAGGCUAUUUGAACUUCCGGAGCCCUAAAAAAAUAAAAAGCACAGUCCUAAUUACCUGAAAUAUGAAGAUCCGGCUUCAUACAAACAUUUGUAUGACGUGAAUCGUUGAUGGCAUUUUUUGUCAUGAAAAAAAAAUAAUGUAAAUCACAGACUUUUGCCAAAGCUCUUAU